AUGUUUUGGAAAAGUCUGGUCUCUGUUAGUUCAACUUCAAGACUUCUUCUAUCUCAAUUAAAUAAUAAAAAUACUAUCAUUUCUGCAUUGGCAAUAGGUACGGGUGCUAUAUUCUUUAACCAACAUAAUUUUAAAUCAACAGUUCUAGGUAUUAACCAUUUCUCCACUAUGACUGCCGCCAACUCAAGUAAAUUUAUCGCUCCUUCCAAGCCUUCAAGCUGGAAUUGGAGCCCAAAGAGGCUGAUAUUUGAUGCUGAAUGUAUUAUUCAAAACGCCAACAAUUUAUUUGAUAAACUAGCUGCCAUUGAAAACCCAGAUAUUGGCAAUUUUGUAAAACCAUUCUUUGAACAUGAGAACCGUUGCGGUCCAUUAGUUAAUCAAUUAUGUUUCUUACAACAUGUUUCUGCAAAUAAGGAAAUUAGAGAUGCCUCUAUUCGAGCAACUGAGCUAUUACAGGACUUUGAAAUUGAAGCAUCUUUGAGAUAUGAUCUAUUUACUCAAAUGGACAAAAUUUGGAAAGAAAUUUCUCCAACGAAGGACGAAUUUGUAAAGGCUAAACCAGAAAAUUUUGAAAUUUACAAAUUUAUUGAGAAAUGUCACAAGGAUUAUGUUCGUGAUGGUCUAAACUUACCAAAGGAUAAAAGGGAUCAAGUUAAAGAUGUAAAGAAGAAAUUGGCCUCCAAUAGUCUACAAUUUUCCACAAAUCUUGGUGAGCAAAAAGAAUUCAUUGCUUUUACGAAAGAAGAAUUAGAUGGAGUUUCGGCAACUGUUAUGGAACAAUUUGAAAAAUUUACUGAGCUUGAAACAGGUAUUGAAAAGUUUAAAGUUACCUUCAAGUACCCAGAUAUUUUCCCAGUUUUGAAGACUGCCAAUAAUCCAGAAACUAGAAGAUUAGCUUUUAACGCAGAUCAGAACAAAGUUCCACAAAACGAAAAAUUGUUUAAAGACACAUUAAAAUUAAGGGAUGAACUUUCUAGCUUAUUAGGUUAUGCAACCUAUGCCAAUUACAAUUUAGAAAUCAAGAUGGCCAAGAACCAAGAAACUGUUCUUGAAUUCUUAACAGAUUUAAAAGACAGAUUGAAACCAUUAGGAAAGAAGGAAAUUGAUAUACUAAAAGAGCUUAAGAAAAAAAACUGCGAAGAAAAUGACAUUCCUUACGACAAUCAUUAUUACAUCUGGGAUCAUCGUUAUUAUGAUAAUAAAUAUUUGAAGGAUAACUAUAAUGUUGAUCUGGAAAAAAUCUCUGAUUAUUAUCCAGUUGAAUCUACCAUUAAAGGUAUGCUAGGUAUUUAUGAAACUUUAUUAAAAUUGAGAUUUAUUGAAGAAACAGAUGUAUCCAAAAAGAAUGUUUGGCACCCCGAUGUUAAACAGUUGGCUGUUUGGAAGAUGGACGAUCCUGAAAACCCUGAAUUUGUUGGCUGGAUCUAUUUUGAUUUGCAUCCAAGAGAUGGUAAAUAUGGUCAUGCUGCUAAUUUUGGUAUUUCAUCAUCAUUCGUUGACGAAAAUGGUAAUAGAUCUUAUCCUGUGACUGCUUUAGUUUGUAAUUUUUCCAAGUCUACCGCAACUAAACCUUCUCUUUUGAAACACAAUGAAAUCACCACCUUUUUCCAUGAAUUAGGUCAUGGUAUUCAUGACUUGGUUGGUAAGAAUAAAUUGUCCAGAUUUAAUGGUCCAGGUGCUACUCCAUGGGAUUUUGUUGAGGCUCCAUCUCAAAUGUUGGAAUUCUGGACUUGGAAUAAACAAGAAUUAUUAUCGUUAUCCUCCCAUUAUAAAACCGGCGAAAAGAUUCCAGAAGAAUUAUUGGAUUCAUUGAUCAGAACCAAACAUGUUAAUGGUGCUCUAUUUGCAUUAAGACAAUUACAUUUUGGUUUAUUUGACAUGAAGGUCCAUACCAACAAGGAUCUAAGCAACCUGGAAUUAGAAAAAUUAUGGAACGAAUCGAGACAAGAAAUAUGUUUCGUCGAGACUGGCAGUGAAUAUACCAAGGGUUAUGAUUCUUUUGGUCAUAUCAUGUCAGAUUCUUACUCUGCUGGUUAUUAUGGUUAUAUGUGGGCUGAAGUCUUUGCUACAGAUAUGUAUUACACUAAAUUUUUAUCAAAUCCAUUAGAUAGUACUGUUGGUGUUCAAUACAGAGAUAUUGUUUUAGCUAAUGGUGGUUUGUAUGAAAUCAAUGAUAAAUUGACCGAAUUCUUAGGUAGACCACCAAAGAAGGAUGCUUUCUUAAAGGAAUUAGGUAUAAGUAACUAG